CUCCCGCGCUAAAGUGUGCCGGUCGUGUUCAGGUUGUGUGUCUGCGCUCCUCUCACGGUCACUUUUCACUGCCAUGAGCUGCUUCACCUGUUCCCUACCAGCAUGUCCAGCGAUUUAGCUGAAAACAUUGGAAGAGCCGUUUUGUCGGCCAUCCAACGAUUCAGCGGUAGUGCACCCUCAACCUCACAAACGCCGCAGCACUUGGAAUCCAGCAAUGCACCUGGACCAAGUAGACCUGCCGUCUCCACUGGGAUACCGUACCGCUCGGUUCCUCUUCCAUCAGUUCCUCAAGCUCAUGCUACGCGCUCACAUUUUGUGAGAAAAAACAAGACCUGCAAACACUAUACAAAAGAUGUCGUGUGCUUGCCCUUGUCUUCAGCAUCAACGUUUCUCAUACUGAGAGGAGAUUCAAGAGCAAAACUAGCACAAGAUGGCCUUAUUGGGAAGAUCUCCUUUACAUCUGACUGGUCUAAAGCACAACUUAGAGAAGAAAUAGCAGCAAUCUUCAGAACAACAUUUGCACUGUCAACUGGCCAGACAUUCCCUUUUGAGUAUUUGAGUACAAUUAGAGGAUGUAAACGACUAAUGAAACCAAAUGUUUCUAGCAGUUUUCUUUGGGGUGGCCAAGAAGUUGGCUCGAUUUGUUCCUCCACCUGCCUCUAUAUAAUGGCAGGGAUACAAAAACCUGCACAGGAGGAACCAGAAGAGCUGUCUGAUAGUGACUUUGAAAGUCCAGUCUGCCGGAGAAGACGAGUGCAUCAUGCGUUGCCUACAACACCAGGUGAAAGUGAGGCCAAGCAUCAGGAAACAGAGGGCUGCAUUCAGGAGAGUGAAAAUGAGGGACAGGCAGAGGGACAGCAGAUGUUUCCAUAUAAUGUGGCAGAAUUUGUCCCUAUUUUUCUGGAGGAAGAUGAAGCUCUUGAAGAGGCAAUUCAGCGUAGCCUCCUAGAAGAGUCUGAUAGACAAAGUGAAGUUCAUAUUUCAAGGUCUUUUAAGAAGCUCAGCAAAGAAGAAAUUGAAGGUCUUCUUAGAGCUCAUAGUGAGAAAGUCAUUACACCAGGAACAAGACAACUCCAUAUCAGUCGAGCCAAUGUGUGGUCGACUGCUUUGCGUCAGUUCAAGAGACCCAAGUUUGCAGAAAGCUGUGAGAUGCUUUAUGUCACAUUUGCAAGCGAUGAACAUGAUACAGAGGAAGAUGCUGCUGACCUUGGGGGGCCAAGGCGGGAGUUUUUCCGUUUACUGGUGAAGGCCAUCUUUCAGGACAGUGGUGCUUUUGAAGCUACACCAAAUGGAUGCACACUGAAAUUUAACAUCCUACACUUGCAAAAUGGAAUAUAUGAACCAUUGGCAGGAUGUUGUCCACGAUAAUAGUGCAAGGUGGAGAAGCACCAGCCUUUCUCUCUCCACAUGUAGUAGACUACAUUGUGUCAGGAGACAUUCUUCAAGUACACCUAACACCGGAUGAUAUAGGUGACCCUGAGUUAAGAGAGAAUCUGAAAAAGAGAGAACCCCAGUUUGCGUGUUCUGCUUGACCUAUCGGGGGAGGACAAAGAUCUGACAGCCAGUUUAAUUGCUGGGGUUCUCAGGCCAAGCUAUUCUGUCCUUGGGAGCAACAGAAGAGUUAGAGAGGAGCUGAUGGUGGUCAAAUUUCGGGAAUUUCUCCAGUGUGUCGAAAAUAAAGAGCUGAGAGACGCACUUGGAGAAAGGACUCUUACCAAGGAUGAAGAGGCAUUUGUGAAGGCUUUGAGGCCUGGUCACAUCUUGGCUUUUGCCACCGGGAGCAGCAAGGUUCCAGCCAUAGGUUUUCAACCAGCUCCUAAAAUAACAUUCAUUCACGAUGAAAGCAAACAUCUCCCGAUUGCACACACAUGUGCAAAUGAGCUUCAGCUUUUUGUGAAUGAAACAACAAUGGCUGAUGAUGAUGCUUUUCAUUACUGCUUCUUAGUAGCACUCAUGAAUGGAGCUUUAUUCAGCACCAUCUAAACAGGUUCCAAAUAAGUGAAAUUAAAAUGGUGGGUUUGUUAACUCUAAUCCUGUUCAUUAAUUGUAGUUUCAAGUAACUUUGCUUCA